AUGGGUGAGCGCAAGGUGCUCAACAAGUACUAUCCGCCGGAUUUCGAUCCGAGCAAGCUGCCCAAGGGCAAGCGUGGGAAGCACAAUGAGAUGAAGGUGCGCAUGAUGUUGCCAAUGUCUGUGCGCUGCAAGACGUGUGGCAACUUCAUGUACAAGGGCACCAAGUUCAACACCCUCAAGGAGGACGUGGCGGGGGAGGACUACCUGGGGAUACAGGUAUUCCGCUUCUACUACCGCUGCACCAAGUGUGCCGCCGAGUUCACUAUGAAGACCGACCCCAAGACCGCGGACUACGUGAUGGAGCACGGCGCGUCGCGCAACUACGAGCCUUGGCGCGAGGCGGACGCCGCGAAAGCGGACGCGGCGAUCCAGAAGGAGGAAGAGGAGCGGGGCAACGCGAUGAAGGCGUUGGAGAACCGCACGCUCGAGAGCAAGCGGGAGAUGGACCUAAUGGAUACCCUGGACGAGAUGCGGUCGCUGCGCGCGCGCCACGCGGGCGUCACGCCGGAGCAGGCGCUCGCGGCGCUCGCGCGGGAGGAGUUCAUGGCGCAGAAGAGGUCGAUUCUGGCGCAGCGGCUGGACUCGGACGAGGAGGAGGAGGGCGGCGGUGCCGCCGGCGCUGCGGGGCCGUCGGGGGCGGGGCUGCAGCAGCAGCAACAGCAGCAGCAGCAGGAGCCGGCGGCGCGGCCGCAGGCGGCGCGGGCGGCGGCUGCGGCGCGGCCGGGGCCGCUGGUGAAGGUGGUGGUCAAACCAAAGCGCAAGGCGGGGGCCGACGAUGGGGCCGCCAAGCGCCAGAAGCAGCAGCAGGAGGAGGCGGAGGGCGAUGAGGACAGCGGCGCCGGCGGCCUCGCCGGCCUCCUCGGCGACUACGGCAGUGGCAGCGGCAGCGGGAGCGGCGGGGGCAGCCCUUGA